ACUGUUCAGUACGUAGAUAGCCAUUGAACGGAAAACAAGAAUGUGAUGUUUAGCGAUGUCACGACGUGUACGUACCUUAGCAACCGUGUGACUUUUCAAUGUUGACAACCAAUUCAUAGAUUCAUAGUGUCUAUUAAACAACGCUGUUUGAUCGCAGUUUGUUUAUCAUAAAAAGUGUUUAUUUAAUAUCGUGUGGUGUAUUUCCACUUGAAUCAGCACCUUAAGCAAGAUAUGACGUCAGCAUACAAGAAACAAAUCAAUGGUGGAACAAGGAAGAAAAGCACACCAAAGUUUGAACUGACAGAAGAACAAAAAGCUGACAUUAAAGAAGCAUUUGAUUUAUUUGAUCCUGAUGGCACGGGAAAAAUUGCUACCAAAGAGCUGAAAGUAGCGAUCAGAGCUCUGGGUUUUGAACCAAAAAAGGAAGAGAUUAAAAAAUUAAUAGCCGAUGUCGAUCCGGAUGGUCUUGGUAAAUUGUCAUUUGAGGAAUUUUUGAAUCUUAUGUCGGUGAAGAUGGCAGAAAAAGAUUCUAAGGAAGAAAUUUUGAAAGCUUUCCGUCUAUUUGACGACGACGAUACAGGGAAAAUAUCAUUUAGAAACUUGAAAAGAGUAGCUCGUGAGCUGGGGGAAAAUUUGACUGACGAGGAACUACAAGAAAUGAUCGACGAGGCUGAUAGAGAUGGGGAUGGAGAAAUUUCACAAGAAGAGUUUUUGCGCAUUAUGAAAAAGACUUGUUUGUAUUAAAACAGAUCGGCAAUGCUAAUUUCAGUUUCAACUUUUAUCAAUAUAAGUCAGCAAGAUUUUUACUAACCAAGGACUGACACUACGCUGUAUAUUUGCCAAAAUCAGUGAAAUUUUACGAUCACUUGUAUUUAGUACAAUCUAUCUCUAUUUUUGUUUGAAAACUAUUAUUUUAAUGUGGCUCUCAGAAAACGUUAAAUUGUAAUCUGUACUUUGGUAAAUACUGCUUAUCAAUAAUAUUUUAAAUGAUCAAUAAAACUAAACAGUAUUUAACAUCUACCUAUCAACAUAUGACUAAAUCCUGUGAUCGUUUUUCUGAUUUUGAAGGCACUGCACAAAGUAAAAGUAGUCAAUAAAGAAACAAUGUUUAUUUUAUCAAUUCGAUUCAAAGUACAGAUACUGUUCUUAUUGAUAUAGUGCUUUCUCAGUUUGUCACUGCAGCCUCGAUAACUUUUCUGAUAAGAUCUGCUCUCUUCUUAGACUUUUCCAAACUUUUUGACAAUAGUUCUUGAGAUAUUGGAAUUCCUCCUGAUGACAAAUAAUUAGACCUCUAAAUGGUUGAAUCAAUUUUUGCAGUAUUAUAAAUAAAAUAAUUUCAUUUCAUUUGA